AUUGCUAACGGACCACUUAUUCCAAUCUGGCUGCAUGCAGAAAUUGUAGUUCCAGUGCUCAAAUCUCAUCUGAGCAGUGUGGAUUUUGGUGAGGUACAGCGUGGUGAAGCCCGUCUGAUUGCAAUUCAACUGGAAAACCCUUCGCCAAUCGCAGUAUAUUGGAACAAACGAACUCAUCGCGAGCUGCCACUGGAUCGACUUAAAUUACGUGGAAUUGGACAAAUUGGGUGCCGAGCUGAUCGUAAGAUGAAUAAGUUCAAACAACCGCCAAUUUUCGAUGUGAUACCACUGUGUGGAGUCAUUCAACCCGGAGAGAAAUGCAACAUUCAAAUAAAGUUUGCUCCAUUGGAUCAACGUCGAUAUGAGGAACGUGUGGUAUUGCAUGUGGAAAACGCUCCAGAAGAUCUUCACAUACGUUGUUGUGGUUAUGGCUUAGAACCGCAGUUGGAGUUUGAUCAAACCAUGUUGCAAUUUGAUCCUUGUCUCCCUUAUGGUCCCGGUGAAGAACGAAUUGUAACAGUUUCUAAUCCAUGCAACUAUCCCAUUGAGUUCUAUUCCCUUGAAAUGGAUCCGGUGGCAUUUGAGCAAGACCAAAUACUCCGCUCCCUCGAUGGUUAUGAUCAAUAUGGACAAUUACUUCUUCCUCCACGGAAAGCUGGUGAAGGUUUGCCGAUGGAAAUUGUAACAUAUUGGGAAGAACAAGUAAAGCGCAAUGCAGAUCUGAAAGAAGAAACGAACGGAAAUGAUGAACUGGCUGACACUCCACAAUCUCCGAGACCUGUGUUUGACCAGUCAGUUCGCAUUCAAUCAGAAGAACUGAAGAAACGUCGACUAACGUCAACCGAUUUCUUAGCGACCACUUUGAAUCCCGACUCAACUCCCGUAACUGUCGGGCCCAGAGUAAUGUGUGAUGUGACUCCAGUUUCAUUGACCAAUGCACGGUAUCUUGGUGUGGAUCUAUCGGGUGGAACGCGACUCUCCGUAAAACGUCAAGGUAUUGCCAUCAUAUUGCACGGACCAUUGACAGCUAUACGAAAAGGAGUCGCCACUUGCUUGGCGAGUUACUAUCAGGCAACAAUUCUCAAUCUGGAUCAAAUCAUAUUGGAUGCAUUGGCCACUAGCCUAAGUGGAGCAGCUGCAACUGUGCGCGAAUUCUGUGCAGAAGCAGGGCGGGCAGUUUAUUUAGAAGCGUGCAGGAUUCGUGAAGCCGAAAUGAGGGAAGUGAAACAAUUUGACAUUGCUGAAAUACAGGAACCGGACGAUGAUCGAAAGCUCUCUGAUGCAACCGACAUUCCGAACGAAGCACUCAAUCAGAGUGAAGGAACUGGAGGGAAACCGCGUCGGGGGAAUGAGGUUGUUGGUGCAUCAGUCACGGUGAUGCAUGGACUUCAACACUCAGAUGGUGAACCUGCUAGUCGAGCUUUGCAGGGAACGAAAUCCGUCCCGCGGCGCACGUCGCACAUGUCACAUGGAGCUGUGGAUGCUCGCCCAAGUAGCCCGCCUUCUAUAGGCGCUCCAAUACCCCGUCGAAUCAGUUUGACGGGAUUUUCUUCCACUGGAGCACCAUUGGUUGAAUUUGAUAUGGAAGAAAAUAUUACAGAUUCCUGCGAGGACGAGGAGCCAGCCGAGUUACGGGAAAAUCAGUUGUACUCAACCGUGCUUCCAGAUGAUCUGGUUGUUACCUUACUUCAGGAGCGAUUUGCACAGGAAGAUUGCUUCAAGGGAAUCAUUGUGAAUGGGCUGGAAUCACAAUUUACUGAAUCGUCCCAAAAGACUGCUCAAUUGGUUCUUCGAGCGCUAGAAGAACGCCAGUUCAUUUACGCUGUUACAGUUAGGGCUGAGUUGGCCUAUUUAAAAGUACUGGAGGAAGAGAUGGAAGCUGCUCAGGCUAUGGCCAAAGCAGCUGAGGAAACUGCACGACGCCAGCGAGCACUGCAGAUGGACGAAUUCGAAUACGGUCUGUUGACUGAGGAAGAGAAAAAAACCGUGGAUGAUCUACGAACUCAGGAGCGCCGAGAGAUCCGCCACCGCGAACUGGAAGCAAAGCGAAUUCGGGAAGAAAAAGAACGCGAAGAGCGUGAGGCAGAAGCUAGACGUUUGGAGCUAGAGAAAAUGAAUAAACGUAAAGGCAAGAAGAUGGAAGAGAAGGCACCUAAACAACCCACACAGCCACAAAUAGGAGAGAUCAAGGAAUCACGAGCUACCCCUGGUCGACCUAUGUCUCGUGCGAUGGGGGAAAAGGAGAAGUCAGCUAAAGGCCCUUACGGAGCGGAUCAUUUAGAAGCGGGACACUUGGCCGCCUUCGAUAGAUUCAAAUCGUUUGCCGUGGAAUUCCAAGGCAUUUGUGAUUUGUUCAGCACGUGGGAUCGAUCAACUCAAACGCAGCGACUUAUCACCGGUUUCGAUGAUUCGAAUGAUCAGGGCUUUGGCUCCCCAAACCCUUUACAAACGGGCGCGUUGCGACGACCGAAGCCGGGAAUACAAGUGAAAUCGAAAAAGUCCGUGGUGAGAUCAGACACAUCACGCGUAGAUGCACCACAUAUGGAUUCAUUGUUGGAAACAUCGAACCCUCUUCCACCAAUUUAUUGUGAUCACCUGCCAAGCCUAACCGGAACUGACAGCAUUGUUUCAGAACAGAUAUCAGCCAAACCGACCGUAUCCGAACGUACAUCAACUGUGUCCAAACAAACCAGCCGAGGACUCACAGGACUUGGCAUACCACAUCUGAUUGUUGAUGCACAACUGGGUGCAACACCUGAUGUCAUUCACGAUGUCAAACGAGAAGUUGUUGAAACCCUAUCGUCCGUCCCGGUCCUGCGGCCUUUUGAGCUUUCUCAUGAGACAGAGUCAUGGCUGCCAACGUAUCGGGAUGAAGAUAACAAGGAAUCUCCAGCAUUUUCUCUCAUCGCACCCCACCUACCAAACGCAGAAGAAGUGUUAGAACAUUUGGGCAUUGGAUCCAGUGGUCCUCCAAUCCCGACCCCGGUCGAUUUCUCUGUCAUCCAAUUUCCUCCGGCCCGUUUGCCACCCAGGUUGGAUUCCUCGUUGAGCACCAGUCUUCAAACGUGA